AUUUUAAAAAAAUUUAUUUUAGGUUUUGUUUUUCAUCACUACAAGUGCUAAAAAGUGAGUCGAGUUGAGUGACACUAGCAGCGCGUUUGAUCAUAUUGACAAAAAAAAUGGGGAGUAGUGAAGAAGAAUAUCGGACGCUGCUAGUAGGACUUGACUCGCAUGCUCGGAUUCCAGACUUGUCAUCGAAUGCGGUGGAAGAGUUUUUACUGACAAAUAAACCGGUGGCGAUCCGGUGGUACCCACGGCUCAUGUGUUGGGAAUCGAGGAUGCUAUGGCUGCUUUCGGGUUCAUCCAUCAUCGUGUCGAUUUUCAAUUACAUGCUCAGUUUUGUCUCUCUGAUGUUUACCGGUCAUCUUGGUGCUUUAGAACUCGCGGGAGCUUCCAUUGCCAGUGUUGGAAUUCAAGGUCUUGCUUAUGGAAUCAUGUUGGGCAUGGCAAGCGCAGUCCAAACUGUUUGCGGUCAAGCCUAUGGAGCAAAAAAAUACGGAGCAAUGGGUAUAAUAUUACAAAGAGCGGUGAUCCUCCAUGUUGGAGCGGCCAUCCUCCUGACAUUCCUAUAUUGGUUCUCGGGCCCUAUCCUGAAAGCAAUAGGCCAAACGUAUAGCAUAGCCGAAGAGGGUCAAAUUUUUGCACGCGGAUUGAUACCCCAACUUUAUGCAUUCGCGAUAAGUUGCCCAAUGCAAAGGUUCCUUCAAGCACAAAACAUUGUGAACCCUUUGGCAUAUAUAGCAGUUGGGGUAUUUUUGUUGCACAUUUUGCUGAGUUGGCUAGUGGUGUAUGUGUUGGACUAUGGGUUGAUUGGGGCUGCACUUACUCUGAGUCUUUCAUGGUGGUUUUUGGUGAUAAUACAAGGGCUUUACAUUCUAUUCAGCCCACGUUGUAAGGAAACUUGGACUGGUUUCUCUAUGAAAGCUUUUAGAGGGAUUUGGCCUUAUUUCAAGCUCACUGUUGCUUCUGCUAUUAUGUUGUGUUUGGAGAUAUGGUACUUCCAAGGACUUGUGCUUAUAUCAGGCUUGCUUCCCAACCCUACAAUCUCACUAGACUCUAUCUCCAUUUGUAUGAAUUACUUGAACUGGGACAUGCAGUUUAUGUUGGGCCUUGCUGCAGGAGCCAGUGUUCGAGUCAGCAAUGAACUUGGGGGAGAGCAUCCGUUGGUUGCAAAGCUUUCCGUGUUCGUAGUGAGCGGAACCAGUAUCCUCAUCAGUAUAAUUUUCACUGCCAUUGUUCUGAUAUUUAAGGUUGAAUUGAGCAAACUCUUCACAAGCGACUCUGAAGUUAUUGAGGCCGUGUCCAAUUUGACCCCAUUGCUUGCCAUCUCUGUUUUCCUCAAUGGCAUUCAACCCAUACUUUCAGGGGUGGCCAUUGGGAGUGGAUGGCAAGGUGUAGUGGCAUAUGUUAAUCUUGCCACUUACUAUAUUAUUGGUCUCCCAAUUGGAUGUGUUCUUGGCUUCAAAACUAGCUUAGCUGCAGCUGGGAUCUGGUGGGGGAUGAUAAUUGGAGUUCUCUUGCAGACAAUAGCUCUCUUGAUUAUAACAGCCAGAACUAAUUGGGAUGCUGAGGUUGUAAAAGCUGCAGACCGGUUGAAGCAUUCUGCAAACGAAGAAGCUUUACUCCUUGUGGACAACAUAUGACUCACAAAUUUUGGUGUUACAUAGGCAGUUAGUCUUUGUUUCAACCUCCAGAGUGAAACUGCUAGUGACCAAACCAUACAGUUCAACCUAUGUUGUUGUUCUUAUUUAUGUUUCUCUCUUUCCCAUUCACUCUCUCUCUCUCACUCUGUGUGUGUGUUUUUUCUUUCUUUCUUUCUUUUUCCUCUCUUCUUUUUUGUUUUUUCGCACAACUAAAUGGAAUGAGGCUUUUUGUUGACAAGUGAUAGUUAUUUGUUGGUCCCGCUCGUGGAAAUGCAGUUUUGGCAAAAACAAAAACAAAAUACUUUGGCUUUA